GUGCAGGUCAGUUUCGUGUUAUGUUAACGGAUAAAAAACCAAUUAAACAAAAUUUCAAACGCCGAAUAAUUACAUGUUGCUCACACAGGUAAUUAGGGACGUAAGCGGGGAGAUACAUCAGCUCUAUGAUGCUUCUCAGUAAAGCGCAGUGAUCUUUAUGACAGCUUGCGCGCAAACACGUAAACAUUCAACAUUUUAAAUGUAAAGCAUUUAACCUUGUGUCACGACAGGUGAUUAAAUAGUAGCCUUCUUAAUGUUAAUCAUUACGUUUCGAAAUUUGUACAUCUUGUUGGUCUUGGGUGAUUGGACACGGUCAGUUCCACGUAGAUUCCGAGCUAAGGUCGAUGUGUUUCUAAACCGUGUGUGCUAAAUUUUUCAGAUGGAAACAAGAGACAAUCGUGAUCUGUAUUUUAAAAUAUAAUUUCUAUUUCUGUGCCAGUUUCCACUUUAGAAUCACCUUUAUAAUCGUAAAACAUGAAAUUGCUUAAAUUGUGGUAUGUUUGGACAGUGAUAUCCUUUUUGGUGUUCCAAUUCGUUCUUGAAGGUUCUGGACAAGAAGCGGGAUUUGAGUUACCAGUGCAAUUAGUGGGAUUCCCAUUUAUUAUUAUGGCCGUGAGACUUACAAAUUUCGUUAAGAAAUUAUCUUACGCCUUAAAUCCAGCCACAUACCGCUCGCGCAAUCGCCGGCAGCUGGCCGCUGACACCGACCCGUUCGACGCGGCGGAGGUGGAGAAGUACAUAGUGGGCGAAUUCGGCGCGCGAGCGUGCGUGUUCGAGCGCGUGUGCGCGCAUUACGCGGCGCGCGCGCAGUGGGACCCCAAGCCGCAGAUGGACUGGCCGGACGUCUUCAGUCACUAUAAGCGCUCGUCAGACCAGGCGAAGGACUUCUACCUGCUGAGCGUGUUCCUCGGCGACAUCGUGGGGUCCCCGCAGCUCUGCCACCAGCUGGGCAAGCGGAGGAGCUGUGAUGAAGGACUCUUGGAAGGUUCCUAGAUAUACUUCUAAACU